AUGUCAUUAUCAGGCCACGCGAAUCUACCGGUACAGAUAUGCAAACGCUGGCUGCUGAAGCGAGCGCAUCGGCGCAUGAAACGGCAUCGGGCCUUUGACUAUUGCAAUUUGCACGAUGCGGCUUCAAGUUGCCUCAAGCAAGGGACACAACUGGGUCUCUCCAACUUUUCUCCAAACUUCUCCUCUCCAUCCAUUCUCCUCCACCUCUUCAUCCACAUCAUCUUGCUCAUCCACUUCACCCACCUCCUAAGCUCUUCCAGUCCAACACCAUGCCCAUACUGUCCAACAACUCCGUCACCUCGGCUGGCCUUUGGAGAACUGGACCUCGAGACUCCCCGCUCCCCGCACGAUCCCCCCGCACGAAGAGUCACUAGAGUUCUCCCACCUAUCACCAGUCUUCUUGUCCCCCAGACACCCCAGACGCCCUCAGGGACAUGGUCAGGACACGAUGCUUACUCCAAAGCUCCGCAGAGCCCCGUCCUACCCGAGCAGGAAGCCUUUGAAGGCCGCUCCCGUCCCCGGCGUUGGGGGCAGGUGGAUGGUAUAAGACCGGAUGCUCCCGAGUCCCCCUUUCCUAGGAAUAAAUCUUGGCCACCAGGGCGACUCCAAAUUUCUCUUGGCUUUUUUGCUUGUUGUCUCUUGGCCGUUGCUUGUUCUCUCUUGGCUUUUGCUAGUUGCAAUUUGCUGUUGGCCAAAAAUCCUCCGAUUUUGCAGCCACCACCGACCACGACCACCCUCGGAACUCUCACACAAACUCAGCCCAAGAUGUCGACAGGUCUCGCCCAGGACGGGCACGACGCCUCCAGCAGGGAUGACAACGUCUUUGUCGACGAAAAGGUCGGCGAUGCCCACCACAUUGACGCGGCAGGCAACAAGACGCUGGCCGACGCGGACCUCAUGAACGAUGCCUUUGACGGCGAGAACGAAGAGCACAACCAGGGCCUGUGGCAGGCCGUCAAGACGCACCCCAAAGCUUGUUUCUGGGCCUUUAUCAUGUGCUUCACCAUUGUCAUGGAAUCUUUCGACAUGUUCUUGAACGGCAACUUUGUUGCCCAGAAGGCCUUCCAGGAUAGAUACGGUGUUGAAGUUGCUGGCGGGGCAAAGGCCAUCGAGACAAAGUGGCAGUCCGCUCUCUUCCAGGCCGGCCAGUGCGGUGCCUUUGUCGGUGUCUUCCUCGCCGGCCCCGUUGUCAACAAGCUCGGGUAUCGCCUGGCCACCAUGGUUGCCUUGAUCAUGAUGAACGCCACCAUUUUCAUCUCCUUUUUUGCCAACUCGCUUGAAGUCCUCACCAUCGGACAGGCAUUCGAGGGUAUUCCCUGGGGUUUCUUCAUCGCCAUCGGCCCCGCCUACGCCUCUGAGAUUGUCCCCCUCGCCCUGCGUGGUGCCUGCACGGCCACUCUGCAGAUGUCUUGGUCCAUCGGUUCCAUCAUCGUCGCCGGCGCAACUCUUGGCUUCAACAGCCGUACCGACGAGUGGGCGUGGCGCGCGCCCCUUGCUCUCCAGUGGAUCUUCCCCCUUCCCCUCAUGGUAAUCCUCUGGUUUGCUCCUGAGUCCCCUUGGUGGCUCAUCCGCCGCGGCCGCAAGGAGGAAGCCCUCCGCUCUGUCCAGCGUCUCGGCCCCACCCACGGCACCGCCGGCCAAGCUCAGCGCAAGCUCGCCAUGAUCGAGCGUACCGUCCAGAUCGAGGCCAACAUCGGUGGAACCCCGACUCUCCUCGACCUCUUCAAGGGCGUCGAUCUCCGCCGUACAACAGUUACCUGCCUGAUGUACGCCUCGCAGAACUUCGCCGGUAACCUCAUCGCCAACCAGGCUACCUUCUUCUUCGAGCAAGCCGGCAUGGCCCACGACAUGGCCUUCAACCUCAAUCUCAUCAACUCUUGCCUCCAGUUCGUCGCAAACGCUCUGUCCUGGCCCUUGACCGCCUGGUUCGGCCGCCGCACAAUCUACCUUUGGGGUACGGCCGUGAACAUCACCUUCCUCAUGCUCCUGGGCGUCUGCGCCUCGAUCCCCCAGAACAGCGCCACCAACUAUGCCCAAGCCGUCCUGGGAAUAUUGAUCUCCUUCGUCUUCGCUGGUACUCUCGGCCCCAUCUCCUAUACCAUCAUCGCCGAGACCUCUGCCGUCCGUCUUCGUGCCCUCAGCACCGCCGUCGGUCGCGCCGCGUACUACGUCGCCGAGAUCCCCAUGAUCUACCUCGCCUCACAGCUCCUCAACCCCACGGGAUGGAACGUUGCUGGAAAGUGCGGUUUCGUUUGGGGCGGUACCGCUUGUGUGUGCUGGAUCAUGGCCUUCUUCUUCUUGCCUGAGCUCAAGCACCGCUCUUACCGUGAGGCCGAUAUUCUCUUCAACCGCAAGAUCCCUGCGCGCCAGUUCAAGUCUACUGUUAUCAAGGUUACGGAUAACGAGGCCUUCAGAUCGGGAAGAGAAAUAGAUGACCUGGAUUGCUCCAUGGAGACAUCUAGCUCCCGGACUGCAAGCUCCUCGGUCAUCUUCUGGGGACCAUCUAUCCCAGUACGAUAG